AUGUCGUAUCACAAAUUUUUCCGUUUAAUCCCUGCCAUCUAUGGUAUUGUUAUGAUUUUAGUCAUAACAUGCAUAUUCACACGUGGUUUUACUGAUAGUCGAAAAAAUUUAAUUGAUCAAUUAUACCCAUUUGAUUAUCCUCGAACAUAUGUUGAACUUUACUUUAUUAUACUUAUUGAUUCUAUUAUUUUAAUAUUUUUUUCAUGUAUUUCUCUAUGCAAAUAUUUUCAACGUUUAAAAUAUUUUCGAUGGAUUCGUUUAAUUCUUAUGUUAUUUCAAUUAUUGAUUUAUGCAUAUUCUUUAAGUAAAUUUCUUGUUUUUUAUGAAUGGAGAAAUAUUCGUGAAUCAACUUCACCAUAUCAAUUAGAUCGAUUCGAUGGUUUAGCUAUUGUUUUUAUUCCAUUAUUAGCAUUAGGAGGAAUUUUAAUAUGGAUUAUAUUUUUUAAAAUUAUUAAUAUUCAACAUGUAAAUCGUACGAUAGAUCCAGAACGACAACAUCUUAUUAAUGAAACACCAAGACGAUUAUAUACUGAAGAAACAAGUCCCUUGGCUGUAGAUGUUGAAGGAACAUCGCCUAUUAAUGAAACGGAAAGCAAAGACAUUCGAGUUCAAAUAAAAGAAACCGGUAGUUCAUGGUGGCGAAUAGUAAAACUUGGUAGACAAGAAUGGAAGUUCUAUGCUAUGGGUUUUUUCUUCUUAUUAAGUGCUGCGCUAGGUGAAAUGUUUCAACCAUUUUUCUCCGGCAGCAUUAUAAGUUCUGUUGUUGAUAAAAAUUGGCAUAAAUUUAUUACGAGUAUAUUUUGGUAUCUUGGUAUAUCACUUAUUUAUGUAAUUACAUCUGGUCUUCGUGGUUUUAUUUUUUCAAUAACAAGUACGAAUUUAAUUCAACGUCUUCGAGAUACGGUUUUUACUUCUAUUGUAAAACAAGAUAUUGAAUUUUUUGAUGAAACUAAAACAGGUGAAAUAACUUCUCGUCUAUCAUCAGAUAUAACAACAGUUGGUGAAGCUGUUUCGGUUAAUUUAAAUAUAUUUUUACGUAGCAUGGUUCAAGCAAUUGGAACCACUAUUAUGAUGUUAAUACUAUCAUGGAAUUUAUUUCUACUGAUAUUGAUAACUGGUCCAUUAGCAUUUGGUACAGCUAAAAUUUAUGGAGAUCUUAUGAGUAAGCAACAACAGAAAGUUCAAGAUGCAAUAGCUAAAUCCAAUGCUUUAGCUGAAGAAGUGAUUUCCACUAUUCGUACUGUAAAGUCUUUUGCAAACGAAGAUGAAGAAGCUCAAUUAUUUCAUAAAAAAAAUGAUAUUGUUCGAAAAUAUGCAAUUCGACAAGCAUUUUAUUAUUUUGGUUACAUGUGGAAUGCACAAAUUUUAAUUGUAAUACUUAAUUUAGGUACACUUGCUUACGGUGGUUAUAUUGUAAUGAAUAAUCGAUUAAAUGUUUCCAAUUUUGUUUCAUUUGUUUUAUAUCAACAACGAUUAGGCGAUGUUCUUAAUUCAAUUAAUGAUGUUUAUACAGGUUUAAUGAAAGCAAGUGGUGCAUCAAUAAAAUUAUUUGAAUAUAUUGAUCGAAUACCAAAAAUUGUUAAUAAUGGAAUUCAAAAACCGAAUAAUUUUCAAGGACGUAUUGAAUUUAGAAAUGUUUCAUUUUCAUUUCCAAAUAGAAAAACUGAUAAAGUUUUAAAAAAUAUUUCAUUUACUGUUCAACCUGGACAACAAGUUGCACUUGUUGGACCAAGUGGAAGCGGAAAAACAACAUGUAUUAGUUUAUUAGAACAUUUUUAUGAAGCCGAUGAAGGUCAAAUAUUAAUUGAUGAUAUACCUGUUCAAAAUUAUGAUUAUAAAUUUUAUCAUGAAAAGGUUUCACUUGUUAGUCAAGAACCAGUUCUUCAUGCUCGUUCAAUUAAAGAUAAUAUUCAAUAUGGUCUUACAGAAAAGAAAUCACAAGAAGAAAUUGAAUAUGUCGCUCAAAUGGCUAAUGCUCAUUCAUUUAUAUCACAAUUUCAAGAUGGUUAUGAAACUGAAUGUGGUGAACGUGGAGUACAAAUGGCUGGUGGACAAAAACAAAGAAUUGCAUUAGCAAGAGCAUUAAUUCGUUCACCAAAUGUUUUAUUAUUAGAUGAAGCUACAAGUGCUUUAGAUGCUGAAGCUGAAGCUCAAGUACAAGAAGCAAUAGCUCGUACAGUUAUUGGUCGUACAGUACUUGUUAUAGCUCAUCGAUUAUCAACAAUUCGUAAUGCAGAUAAAAUUAUUGUUAUUAAAUAUGGAGAAAUUGUUGAAGAAGGUACACAUGUUGAUUUAAUGAAUAAACAUGGUUUAUAUUAUCAAUUAGUUAAACGACAAACAGAACAAAAUGAAACAGAAACAAGAAAUCGAUUGAGUCAAAAUGAUCAAACAACAAUAUCAAUUGGCAUUCCAUUAACUGAUAAAAAAUAUUCAAAUUCAUUCAAUAUGAAAGAACUAUCUAUAUAA